CGCCGGGCGCCGCGUCCUGGCGGCGCUGAGCUCGCCGGGCGGGCGGGCAGCCAUGGGGAGCAUCUACAAGGAGUACUUCAACACGGAGAAGAUCCGGGAGCACUACAACUUCACCAAGGAGGAAUCGGAGAGCUCGCCCAGCGCCUCGCGGUGGGCGGUCUCCAUCCUCAUCGUCGUGCUGUGCUGCUUCAUCGUGCUGGAGAACCUGCUGGUGCUCAUCUCCGUCUGCCGCAACAAGAAGUUCCACUCGGCCAUGUACAUCUUCAUCGGGAACCUGGCCUUCUCCGACCUGCUGGCCGGCUUGGCCUUCAUGGCCAACAUCCUGCUCUCGGGGGCCACCACCUUCCACCUGACGCCGGUGCAGUGGUUCGUGCGGGAGGGCACGGCCUUCGCCACGCUGGCCGCCUCCGUCUUCAGCCUGUUGGCCAUCGCCAUCGAGCGCCACGUGGCCAUCACCAAGGUGAAGGUCUACAGCAGCGACAAGAACUGCCGCAUGGUGCUGCUCAUCGGCGCGUGCUGGGUGAUCGCCGCCGCCAUCGGCAGCUUGCCCAUCAUGGGCUGGAACUGCAUGAGCGACCUGCACGACUGCUCCACCGUCCUGCCCCUCUACUCCAAGCGCUACAUCCUCUUCGUCAUCACCAUCUUCACCCUCAUCCUCCUCACCAUCGUGGGGCUCUACAGCCGCAUCUACUGCAUCGUGCGCUCCAGCCACGCCGAGAUCGCCAGCGCCCAGACCCUGGCCCUGCUCAAGACGGUCACCAUCGUCCUGGGGGCCUUCAUCAUCUGCUGGCUGCCGGCCUUCAUCAUCCUCCUCAUGGACGCCUCCUGCCCUGUCCGGGCGUGCCGGAUCCUCUACAAGGCGAACUAUUUCUUCGCCUUCGCCACCCUCAACUCGGCCGCCAACCCCAUCAUCUACACGCUGCGCAGCAAGGACAUGCGCCGGGAGUUCCUGCGGGUGCUGUGCUGCUGCGGGGCCGGCCGGGGGAGCGAGCCCCCGGGGCGCUGCAUGCUGCCGCUGCGCAGCUCCAGCUCGCUGGAGCGCUGCACCCAGAAGCACGAGCUGCCCACCUCGCCCAUCACCCGCGAGUGCACCACCUCCGUCUGAGGGGUCCCACAGGCACCCCACGGAUGCCACGUGGACACCCCAUGGACAUCCCAUGGACACGUCACGGAUGUUCCAUGGACACCCCAUGGAUAUUCCAUGGAAAUCCCAUGGAUACUCCAUGGACACCCCGUAGAUGCUCCAUGGACCCCCCAUGGACACCCCAUGGGUGCUCCAUGGACACCCAGGGACGCCCCGUGGGUGCCCCAUGAACGCCCCAUGGAUAUCCCAUGGAUAUCCCAGAGAUGCUCCAUGGAUAUCCCAGGGUUGCCCCAAGGACAACCCAUGGAAACCCCAUGGAAACCUCAUGGAUACCCCAUGGGUGUCCUGUGGAUGUCCCAUGGAUACCCCAUGGACACCCUAUGGAUACCCCAUGGAAAUCCCAUGGAAACCCCAUGGGUGUCCUGUGGAUGUCCCAUGGAUAACCCAUGGAAACGCCAUGGAUACCCCAUGGAAACCCCAUGGACACCCCAAGGAUUCCCCAUGGAAACCCCAUGGCCACCCCAUGGCCACCCCUGGCCCCCCACGGCCCCACAGACACCCCACAGCGGGCACAGCGGUACGAAGGGCGCCGUUUCGGGGGCCGGGCUUCCCUUUCCAGGUACGGACGGACGGACAGAUCCCCCCCACACCCUCCCAAACCCCCUCCCCGUCUCCUCACCAUCCCGUGCCGCGUGCGUGUGCGCGGGCACGGCCACGCGUGCUCCUUCCCACGCCCUGCCCGAGCCCCGGGGCCGCCGCCGGGACCCGUUGGACGGGUCGGCGCGGCACCGCCGGCGCCGGUGGCGAAUUCCCUUCCCCGUGGGGCUCCCCGGGCUCGGGAAAAAACCCAGCCCCGUGGGAAAUGCCGUGGGGUGGAGGUGAGGGGGGCGGGUAUUUUUUUUUGGGGGGGGGGGGGACACACCAGUGUCCUCCCACCGCGUGCUGGCACGCGGAUGGGGCCCCUGCCGCGGACCCCCGACCCCGGCACCCGCCCACAGGCAAUGUUUGUAUUAAAACGUGG